UUUCAGUGAGCAGUAUUGACCGAGUUGUCUAUGAUUUGGGGCGAUUUUUUGUUCUUAACUGAUGAAGUUACUGUGGCCGUGAUGUUCGUGUUCCGUUAUUUAUUUCUUUUCAUUUUCUGUAGAUGCGUCAUUUCUGCAGUGGAUGGAGCAUGAGAUGCGGAACAUAAAAUUGAUUUUCAGAAAUGGCCAUUACCACAUCAUCGUGGCAAGAAGAAUUCUGCAGUACUGUUAGUGUUAGUCUUAUACCGGGACUUGUAAAACGCCACAAUGGCUGCCUCAAAAGAAGAUUCACACAGCCAAUUUCACCAAAAUGUCAAACAAUCAAACCUGAAAGCCAAUGGCCAGUACGACCAACCGAUCAGGCACUCUCGCUCCCAUUCCACAAGCGAUCUUCCUGCAAGAGAGUUUGAGGAAAGGACGUUAAAACCCUCCUUGUACGAGGAAGCCGGAACGGAGAGUCCGGAUGACGCGCUUUACUCGGAAGUGAGCUCGCUAGACAGUAAUUUCUCCUGUGCAUGCUGCUAUGAGCUCAUGGUGCAACCCACAACGUUGAACUGUGGACACAGCUUUUGUCGGCUGUGCCUAGCCAGAUGGUGGAAGACGUCACAGAAGACUACAUGUCCAGAGUGCAGGCAACCUUGGACUGGAUUCCCUCAUAUCAACAUCAUCAUCAGGAACACGAUCGAUAAGCUACAUCCCAAGGCCAUUCGCAGGCGUACCGCCUCCCUCCAACCCUUCGAAGACACCAAGCUUCUCCAGGAGUUUGAGGAGUUUGGAGAGGCGGAAGAGAAGACGAGAGAAUCAGAGACGGCAGGAGGAAGGCAAGACAGACUCAGGAAGGGGUUCGUGUGGGGAGUCCUCACAACACUGGGCCUUGUGUUUUUUUUCCAGAUCCUGUUGAAUUGGAACAGGCAGGACAGUGAGAUGUUGGUGUACAAACCCCUUUCAAGAUGGAGACCUGCCGACGUCUCACAGUGGCUAUCGGAGCUAGGAGCCUGGGCUGCCGAUGGCUACAGUAGGCAGUUCAAUGCUAGUGAAAUAAAUGGGGUGCUCCUGGAGGGACUACAGUCUGAAGGAGAACUGGAGAAGGAGCCGUUCAACAUCAACAACUCACUUCAUCGGCAGGCCAUCCUGAUAGCCCUGGAGAAGGUCAAGCAGCUCGGUGGAAAACCUCCAAUAGAUCUUUGGGAGUUCAAGGCGUUGCAUCAAGGCCUGAGCACUUUCCUAUCGUACACGGUGCGAGAGUUCCCUCGUCUGACCAUGACCGGCAUGUACAUGUUCUACUAUGAAGAUGUUUUCCUUCCAUUCAUCCAUCUCGUCUGCCCAGCAAGGUCCGCCGUCUCUGGAGAAGCAAACAUCAUUGUGCAAUACUAUAGCGAAGACAUUGCCUGGGAGCAGUGGGUGGAGUUCAUCCCCAAGUUCCUCUUCCUCCCGUAUUACCUGUACGCAGAGUUUGCCUGGAACUUUGCCGAUGUAAACGCCUUGCCCGUAGCUUUCACCCUCGCAAACUGUGCCUUCCUCACCAUGGUGGAGGCCAAGGCUAUCACCGCUUUCGUCAGGCGGGGCGUCAGGACUACAUUCUUCUCCUUGAAGCGUCAGACGAACAUGUUAUUCGUCAUCUUCUUCAGUUGUCUCCUCUGGCCCAUCAUACCCACUAUCCUCACAGACCUCAUGUUCUACAUCUCCAUGUAUUACUCACCUUGUAUCAACUUCUAUGAAGUUUUCAUGCAGUGAGCCAGAAGCAAGAAGGCCGUUAUUGACAUUGACAAUAUAUAGCUCUUAUGUUCCUAAUACCUACAUCUACCCGCUAGAAGGCCAUUAUUGCCAUUGAUGAUAUAUAGCUCUUACAGGUUUAAUACCAACAUCUUCCCCGCUAGAAGGUUGUUACUGCCAUUAACAAUGCAAAGAUAUAAGGUCCUAAUACCAAAAAAUUGUUCAAUGAAGAGGGAAUAAUUCUGAAUCAUGCAAAAGCAGAUCUAUAUCUGUGUGUUAUAUUUCUUGUGGGUAUCCAUUCAGAAGCCUGUAUUGAAAUUUUCAGGUGAGCUUGUGCUUGACUUUUUUUUCUUCUCGGAAGCAUCAAGAAAAUAUACAUUGUAGAAAAGAAAUCAAUUUGCAAAUUUUUUAAAUAAUGUCCCAACUAAUGGGUGCUAAACAAAAGAACAUUGGUGUACUUAAAAUUGUAUUCCGAUACUUGUGCGUGGAGCUUGAUUUUUAUCAUUUUGUCAUAUCUGAACUAAACAUAUUUUGUAUCAUUGAAGACUCAUUGUUACUAAUUAUCAGAAUAUACCACCUCACAUAUCAUGUCAUUUCUUUAGAACUCUUUCUAGGCUACAAACAGUAUCAAUUUUGUUACAGUCUUCGAGAAUAGUUUAUUGUGAUCCUAUGUGGACAAGUUGAGAAUGCUGAUAAAUUCUUGGAUUGAUCGUGAGACCAAUGAAAUCUGAGAACAUGCUACCCUCUGUCAAAAGAUUUAAUGUAGCUAAUUUUGACCUUUUUUUUGCCACAUUUGUAUACGGAGAGAUGGUAGGAUCGAAAAAGAUAAUUAUGCAAGGAUGCAUAGGAGAGGAGAUAGAAAGGAGCUUAGAUGGACUGUCAGAAGUAGACGGUUAACAGGGGGGGCAUUUCACAAACUUGUCAUCAGUGAUAAAUGACAGUUUUUGUUAUAAGCUACUGAAAUCCUUGCUUCUGAUUGGUUAUCAGCAGAUUUGUCACUGAUUUUUGUCAUUUGUCAUUGAGAAAGGCUUUGUGAAAAGCCUUCCUGGUCUACCUCUUGUCUGAGCUCAUCGCAUGGCUCAAGACAGGAAAAUCUGUAGAACAAUCAUCAAUAAUAAGAAUGGCAAAGGGUCAGUCAUGACUUAUUGGACCACGAUACUAUGGAAAAUUAUAGUUAUGUUAUGAGGUUACAUUUAUCUGCUAAAAUAUUCUACCUUAUGAAUAUUAAUUCAAUAAUGACCUGUGUGAAUACAUGUACCAAAAUUAUUAUAUUUUUAAGCAGAGCACUGGUAUGUAAUGUACAUGCUAUGUUAUAGUUUUGUAUUACCUUCUGUUAUUAUGUUUUAAAAUAUUUUGUGUAUUUUAUUAAGCGAUCACCUUAUAGUUGAACCUGUAUCUUCUUUUCUUGCUGUUUGUUUUCAUAAAAAUGAAAAGUCUACCCCUGCAAACUUGCUACUUAAAUACAUAAUUGCCCACAUACAGAUAGAAAACAUAAGCGUACCGAGAGCUGGUCACUUUUGUUAAACUUCUGGGGGUUGUUUCACGAAACCAAGUCCAUAACAGUCGUAUCUUUGUCCGCGACCUUUAGAGAUGUCAGGAAGCGGACAAACUUUUUCACACAACCAUGAUAAGCAACACAUUCAUGAUUUCACUACUAUCGGCUAAAAACUAAAGUCUCUGUCUCGAUCCAUCAGAUUUUUAUCCUGGAUUACCAAGAUAGAUUGAGGCUUAAUUUCACUCAAAUUGUUUCCAAAAGUAAAAAUACAAGAGAGUGUCGGGGAAGUUGUCCCUUGCGUUGGCAAAGACGGUUUAUGAAAUGCUUAGCGGUCAAGUCGAGUGACUGCGUCAAGAUGUCCUUGAUCUUGUACUCAUGACGAUUUUGUGAAACCACUCCCUGCUGUCCUCACAUUUAUUUCACAUGUAGUGGUUCAUUAAGCCUUUGACACUCAAGCUCGUAUCAUGUAUAGUAAUUUCAAUUUUUAUCUUGUUCUCUUUCUUAUGUCAAACAUGUUGAUUGAUUUUUAAAUUAAACUAAAAACUUGAAAUAAUCAUCUGAUGAAAAUACAGGCCCGUCAAAUCACCUUUUGUCUGCUACAACCCAGAACUCGUACUUUUACACAGAUUUAAUACUUGCCGGAUUCUCAACAGACACAUUGUGUAAAUAAUAUAUGUGGUGAAAUCAAAUUAUAAAUUAGAGAUUUUAUCUCCUUUUACCUUUUUCAUUUGUAAACUAGUUGAAAUAAUGUUCAUAAAUGACUGCAACUAUAUUUACAGUGCAAAAUUAUAUUUGUUAUUCCUAUGUUUAUUGUUAGGAUUUAUGAAUUUAGUUAGAUUUCAGCCUCUCGGUUGAAAGUUGUCAUUGUCAAGAAUCUAUUUCCUUUCAUUUGUAAUUAGUUGAAAUAUUGUUCAUAAAUGACUGCAAAUAUAUUUACAAGGCAAAAUUAUAUUUCUUAUUCCUUACUUUUAUUGUUAGGAUUGAUGAAGUCAGUGUACUUCAAAAUGAUGCAGAACCCUAUAUUUGUUUUGCUAAGUUAUAUGUAUAUUGUCAGUUUCUUUACCUGAAAUUAACAGACAUGAAUUAUUCCCACAAUCAAAAAGUUAGUUUACUUCAAAAUGAUCUAGAACAUUAUAUUUGUUUCACUAUAUAAGAUGUACGUUUUAUAUAUAUAUAAAUUGUCAAUUUCAUUACUUGUAACAACCAUACAUACCAGUAAGUUAUUCCCGCAUAUAUGCUUAUGAUAUUCAGUUCCAUUUUCAAAGAUCAUAGUGCAGCUAGUGGAUAAUAUAGCAUUAAAUUCAGGGUCUUAUCUAUUUGUAGGUGGGGAAAAUACUCUCAUUGACUCCUAUAUAUAUAUGAGUUAUAUACCACUAGUUGUACUUCCGUAUACAUGUAGGCCUACCUAUUAUAUGCUAAAUUCUCCAUGAAUUAUUCAGAUGCUAUGUACGCAGUUGAGAUGUAUUGAAUGUGACCACUGUUCAGCAUUUAUCAAAUGUGAUGUUACCAAAAAGAAUAGAAGCUUCUAUGAAGCUACAAAGACAGAUGUAAUAGGAAAUGUUUACCGGUAGACCAAAGCAUGGGCAUUAAGGAGAUUUGUGUUUAUUUGGCAUAUCAUUUUUUUCAAAUUGAAAAAAGGAUUGUUAUGAAAAUACAAUAAACAUUGGCAGACAUUGACUCGGCCAAUGAUGCUUUUACGAUAUUUGAAGUGUUUAGGUGACUGGAAUUGGCUUGCUGUGUAACUAUAUCCUUUAAGAUCUGAAAUGGUUAAUCCCAAUACAGCUAUCUUCUUCAUUGAACUGCUUACCGGAUAACUUCUAUAAUGUGUUACAAAUUUAGAUUGUUGUGAGGAUACUUGCAUAUAUUGGCUUUGCAUUUAGAUCCACUGCAUGUGACAAAUGUUUUACACUUCUGAUCUAUGAUGACUUGACGUUACAACUCGUAUCAUAUAAAGUGAUUCUACAGUUAAAAUUCUAUAUUCUAAUAUUCUAAAAAUAAAUAUUCUAUUAAGUCAAGUAAGGAAUGUCAGUUGAAUAUUAGCAAAGCUUACAGCACCGUGUAUUACUUCUCUUUAAUAUAUGUUGGAUUUUUUUCCUAUCAUUAUUGAUUUAAAAGAAAAAAAUUUAACACCUAGAAAAUGAACACAAACUUGCAGUGUCCAUGCACAUAAUGAAGGCAAUAUUAGUUUGGAGACAGAAGGGUGUUAAUUCAUAAACUUGAACACAGAUUUAAAGCCCUUCUGGCUCUCAAUAGCUGAGAUGGGAUAUCUAAGAUUGGUUUUGCUUUUUCACCCUUUGUAACUUGGGAAGGACAGAGCUAGAAUGCUAAAUAUUAAUACAAGGAUCAAAAGCAAUUUACUUUGUAUUUACUCUCCUAGAUCAUGCUUAUACGUAUAAACUCUUGUUUGAUUUUAUCAUUUUGGGAAUAAGUUUGUCUUAAUGAAGAUUGGUUGGUGUGUGUUCUUCAGAUUUUUAAUUUUUGUUUGUUAAUGAAAAAAUUACUUAUUGUGAGAAGAAAUCAUCUGAUAUUGUACAUGUCCAUACACAUACUUAUUUUUCUUAGAGCAUCUGGUAUAUGUGAAUAAAACAUGAAAUGAGAUUUUAAAGUAA